AUGACAGUUUCGCAGCUUUUGAAACAGAGGGUCCGGUACGCCCCAUACCUAUCCAAAGUACGGAGAGCAGAGGAGCUGUUGCCUCUGUUUAAGCAUGGGCAGUAUAUCGGGUGGUCCGGGUUCACGGGCGUGGGCGCGCCCAAAGUGAUCCCCACGGCGCUUGCAGACCAUGUGGAGAAGAACGGGCUACAGGGCCAGCUGGCAUUCAAUCUUUUCGUGGGCGCGUCGGCUGGGCCGGAGGAGAACAGGUGGGCGGACCUGGACAUGAUUUUGCGGCGCGCGCCGCACCAGGUCGGCAAGCCGAUCGCGCGCGCGAUCAACGAUGGGCGCAUCAAGUUCUUCGACAAGCACCUGUCGAUGUUUCCGCAGGACCUGACGUACGGGUACUACACCCGGGAGCGGACGGACGGCAAGAUCCUGGACUACGCGAUCGUGGAAGCGACGGCGAUCAAGGAGGACGGCUCGAUUGUGCUGGGCCCGUCGGUGGGCGGCUCGCCGGAGUUCAUGUCUGCGGCGGACAAGCUGAUCGUGGAGGUCAACACCGCGACGCCGUCGUUCGAGGGGCUGCAUGACAUCGACAUGCCGGUGCUGCCACCGCACCGCGUGCCGUACCCAUACACGCGGGUGGACGAGCGCAGCGGGCUGGACGCGGUGCCGGUGGACCCUGCGCGCGUGGUCGCGCUAGUGGAGAGCACCGAGCGCGACAAGGUGGGGCCCAACACGCCCUCGGACGAGGGGUCGCGCGCGAUUGCGGGGCAUCUGGUGGAGUUCUUCGAGAACGAGGUCAGGCACGGGCGGCUGCCAGCCAACCUGCUGCCGCUGCAGAGCGGCAUCGGCAACAUUGCGAACGCGGUGAUCGAGGGGCUUGCAGGCGCCUCAUUCCGGAACCUGACAGUUUGGACCGAGGUGUUGCAGGACUCGUUCCUGGAUCUGUUCGAGAACGGCUCCCUAGAAUUCGCGACCGCCACCAGUAUCCGCCUGACCGAGGCCGGCUUCGAGAAGUUCUUUGCCAACUGGGACGAAUACUCCUCCAAGCUGUGCUUGCGCUCCCAGGUCGUGUCCAACAGCCCAGAGAUGAUCCGCCGGCUCGGUGUCAUCGCAAUGAAUACGCCUGUGGAGGUCGACAUCUACGCGCACGCGAACUCGACCAACGUGUCUGGCUCUCGGAUGCUCAACGGGCUCGGCGGCUCCGCGGACUUCCUCCGGAACGCAAAGCUGUCCAUCAUGCAUGCGCCUUCUGCCAGACCUAGCAAGACCGAUCCUACCGGCAUCUCGACCAUCGUGCCCAUGGCAUCCCAUGUCGACCAGACUGAGCAUGACCUAGACGUCCUAGUCACGGAUCAGGGUCUGGCCGACCUGCGUGGUCUCUGUCCGCGGGAGCGCGCGCGCGAGAUUAUCCGCCAGUGCGCACAUCCAGACUACAAGCCAAUUUUGACUGACUACCUAGACAGAGCUGAGCAUUAUGCGCAGCGCUCGCGCUCGAUGCACGAGCCUCAUAUUUUGCAGCAAGCUCUCAGAUUCCAUACCCAUCUCGCUGAAAAAGGCACCAUGAAGGUCCCUUCGUGGGACUAA